AUGACAACCCUGCAGAGUGUGGGCUUGACGGAUUCCGCCGUGAUUGGUGAAGAGUCACGAGUCACCAGACAAGGACGGCAAGGCAAAAGUGGUCAUAACCACAGGGCCCUUGAAAGAGAAAUGCAAAUAGUAGAAUUUCAAAAAAUAGUGGGUAGCUUAAUUGAACUUGUCGAUCAACUGGCAAAAGCUGCUGAAAGUGAGAAGAUGAAGGCCAUCGGUGCACGAAAUUUGCUGAAGUCUAUAGCAAAGCAAAGAGAAGCUCAGGAGCAGCAACUUCAGGCUUUAAUAGCUGAAAAAAAGAUGCAGCUGGAAAGAUACCGAAUAGAGUAUGAGACACUGUGUAAAAUUGAAGCAGACCAGAACGAAUUCAUUGACCAAUUCAUUUUUCAGAAAUAGAGGAUGCUAAGAUAAAAACAAACUAACUUGGAAACUUGACCAUUCCAAAAUCUUGAGAUUUUCAAAAAUAUGCAAUUUUUCACUGUGUAUGAAUGAAUAGAUGGUUUGAACAAAUGGAAUUGUCUUAAUUCCUUGUGAAUUACACUAAAAGUGGCAAUAAGGAGGGCUUUCUAACAUGUAAAGACUGUUCUGUCCUUUGAUUUUAUAAAACUUUUGUACAGUCAGUAGUUCUAAUUCAAACUAUAGUUGAAUUAAUACUACUGUUGCUAUGUUAUUUCUCUCACUUUUUGAAUUGUACAGCUCUUUCAAAAAAAUCGGGAAAUAAAUUAUUGUUUUCAGACUUU